ACCUGUGGUCGAAUUCCUUCUGUGCCACUGGGCAAAUCCUUUUUACCUCUUCUGCCUCUAUUUCCUCGUUUCAGUUUAUGCCUCUAACCCUCCAUCAGGGCUUUAGACUAAAUGCUCUCCGCGGUCCCUUCCAGCUUCGCAUAAAUGAGCCUCAGAAGGAAUCGCCAACCCCGUGGCCUCUGAGGAGCCCUGUGGUUUCACACCAGCGCUGGUCCUCAGCUCAGGGGGCUGGGACCAGUUAUCUCUGAGCUGGAGCCUGUCCCCGCUCACUCCUCCAUCAGGUGGAGCAGCUCCACACUCUACUUCGCUGCUCUGCUUCGCUCCGCUCUCCUCUCCUUCCUUCUCCCACUCAGUCCGAAGGAGGGAGAUGAGCGCAGACCACCUGGAAGCGCCAAAGAGGUUUAACCCGGAGCACGCAGAAGCCUCAGUGAAAGGAGCUGCUGUCACUCAGUCACUCACACCCUCUCUCUCCCUCACUCACUGCUGUGGGAGGAGCCCUGCUGGAGGAAGCUGUAUGACUGGGAUGCUGAGAGGCUGAGAAUGGAUCUGCAAGGAGUGUGUACGUUAGUGAGGAGCCAGGUUUCCAGAGGCGGCUGAAAAAGGCGACUCGACUUCAUCUGGUUGCAAGAAUUCGGAGACAGAGACUAAGACAGACGGACAGGCGGACAGAUGAUCUCGGAGCUCGGGAGAGGACACGCAGCAGAGACAGGAGGCUAGAGAGCGGGUGAAGAAGAGAAACUAACUGCAAACCUAAGUUCCUCCUCCUGCUUUCAUCUCGGUUCGCUCUAAGGAAUGAAACCUUUCCAGCUUGAUCUGCUCUUCGUCUGCUUCUUCCUUUUCAGCCAAGAACUUGGGCUCCAGAAGAGAGGAUGCUGUCUGGUGCUGGGGUAUAUGUCCAAGGAAAAGUUCCGAAGGAUGAAUGAAGGUCAAGUAUACUCCUUCAGCCAGCAGCCCCAGGACCAAGUGGUGGUGUCAGGACAGCCAGUGACACUACUUUGUGCCAUCCCAGAGUAUGAUGGCUUUGUUCUCUGGAUCAAAGAUGGCCUGGCCCUGGGUGUAGGCCGGGAUCUCUCACGUUACCCACAGUACCUAGUGGUAGGAAACCACUUGUCUGGAGAGCAUCACCUGAAGAUUCUUCGGGCAGAGCUGCAAGAUGAUGCUGUGUAUGAAUGCCAGGCCAUCCAGGCAGCCAUCCGGUCACGACCAGCCCGCCUCACCGUUCUUGUACCUCCUGAUGAUCCAGUCAUCCUGGGAGGACCAGUGAUCAGUCUUCGUGCAGGAGACCCCCUCAACCUCACCUGCCAUGCUGACAAUGCCAAGCCCGCUGCCUCUAUUAUCUGGAUGAGAAAAGGAGAGGUCAUGAACGGGGCCACCUACUCCAAGACCCUGCUUCGGGAUGGAAAGCGGGAAAGCAUUGUGAGUACGCUUUUUGUCUCACCUGCUGACGUGGAAAAUGGACAGCGAAUCGUGUGCCGAGCCACCAACAAAGCCAUCCCUGGGGGAAAGGAGACCUCAGUCACUAUCGACAUCCAGCAUCCACCCCUUGUCAAUCUGUCUGUGGAGCCACAGCCAGUGCUGGAAAAUAAUGAUGUCAAAUUCCACUGUUCUGCAAAGGCCAACCCAGCAGUCACCCAGUACAGGUGGGCCAAGAAGGGCCAAGUGAUCAAAGAAGGAUCGGAGGAUUCCUAUGAGACCACUGUGGACCACACAUUCUUCUUCGAGCCAGUCUCCUGUGAAGUCACCAAUGCACUGGGCAGCACCAACAUCAGCCGCACGGUGGAUGUCUACUUUGGCCCUCGAAUGACCUCCGAGCCACAGUCACUGCUGGUGGACCUGGGCUCUGAUGCUGUCUUCAAUUGUGCCUGGACAGGGAACCCAUCACUAACUAUCGUGUGGAUGAAACGUGGCUCUGGGGUGGUCUUGAGCAAUGAAAACACCCUGACUCUGAAAACUGUCCGACAAGAGGAUGCAGGCAAAUAUGUGUGCCGAGCUGUUGUUCCCCGAGUGGGCGCCGGGGAGAGAGAGGUCUCACUGACUGUCAAUGGGCCACCCAUCAUCUCUAGCACCCAGACCCAGCAUGCCUUGCAUGGCGAGAAAGGGCAAAUCAAAUGCUUUAUCCGGAGCACCCCUCCACCAGACCGAAUCGCCUGGUCUUGGAAGGAGAAUGUCCUUGAGUCAGGGACCUCAGGGCGUUAUACAGUUGAGACAGUCAGCACUGAAGAGGGGGUCAUCUCCACACUGACCAUCAGCAACAUCGUUCGGGCUGACUUCCAGACCAUCUAUAACUGCACAGCCUGGAAUAGCUUUGGCUCUGACACAGAGAUAAUACGGCUCAAGGAACAAGGUACGGAAAUGAAGUCGGGAGCUGGGCUGGAAGCAGAAUCCGUGCCAAUGUCUGUCAUCAUUGGGGUAGCAGUGGGAGCUGGCGUGGCCUUCCUUGUCCUCAUGGCAACCAUUGUGGCCUUCUGCUGUGCCCGUUCCCAGAGAAAUCUGAAAGGUGUUGUGUCAGCAAAGAAUGACAUCCGGGUGGAGAUUGUCCACAAGGAGCCCACCUCUGGGAGAGAUGCUGAGGAGCACCCCACCAUCAAGCAGCUGAUGAUGGAUCGAGGGGAAUUCCAGCAGGACUCAGUCCUGAAGCAGCUGGAGGUGCUCAAGGAAGAGGAGAAGGAAUUUCAGAACCUAAAGGACCCCACCAAUGGCUACUACAGUGUCAACACCUUCAAGGAGCACCACUCCACUCCCACCAUCUCCCUCUCUAGCUGCCAGCCUGACCUUCGCCCUGCCGGAAAACAACGAGUUCCCACAGGCAUGUCCUUCACCAACAUCUACAGCACCCUGAGUGGCCAGAGUCGACUCUACGACUACGGGCAGAGGUUUGUGCUGGGCAUGGGCAGCUCAUCCAUUGAGUUGUGCGAGCGUGAGUUCCAGAGAGGAUCGCUCAGCGACAGCAGCUCCUUCCUAGACACUCAGUGCGACAGCAGCGUCAGCAGCAGUGGCAAGCAGGACGGCUACGUGCAGUUUGACAAGGCCAGCAAGGCCUCUGCCUCUUCCUCCCACCACUCCCAGUCCUCCUCCCAGAACUCGGACCCCAGCCGACCCCUGCAGCGGAGGAUGCAGACUCACGUCUGAAGGACCCAACCCCAUGGGAAAGGAAUGGGGAGGGAGAAUAGGGCACCCUGAUGUCCAAGGGGACUGUGGGGACUGUGGAGGGGACCCCAGGACUAGCUGAUCCCUAGGACAGCAUCAUGCCCCCACCAUCAUCCCACUUCAAAGCUCUGAUCAAGCACAAACCUCUCUCCCUGCCCAUGGCAUGGGAAAUAUGGACAAAGAGCAUAGCUAAAGGCAUAGAGCCCAAUGCUGGACAACCUCCUGCCCCCAGCCCAUUUCCCAGGGACCCCAGCUCUGCUGCCUUCCCUUCCCACGGGUACUGGUAGUAGCUACCACUUUGCUUUAAUGAAAUUGCUGUCCACUCUUGGGGCUCUAUCCCCCAGGUGCCCAUACUUCCCCACUCCCCGUUUCUGUGCCCUUCUGCAGACUUGGAGAAAUCAACAAUCUCUUCCUAACACUGAUUCACCCCAGGUACCCAUAUCUUUCCCUGCUGUUCAUAGCUACUACUUUGGAGACUGGGAAGCCAAUAGUAGCCCUGAGUGGGAUGCACCCCCUCCCAACCAACUUGGUAGGGACCCCUCCCCCAUUUCUGUUUGGUGUUUUGUGUCCAUAUAUUGCAGUUCUGUCUUUGGACUCAACAGCCCUGGAUUCCGAGGCAGGGGCUGAGCCACUUGGAGGCUGAUGGUACUGAGAGGGAGGAGAUGGAUGGAGAAUCUGUGCACUGAAAGUAGCCCCUGCCGAAACCCACCCCUCCUUCUGUAACACAGAACCUCUCUAUGCUCCCCACUGCUUUGUGUACCCCCAUAGCACAACUGGAGUUAAUAUAAGAGGUGUGAGAGUUUCUCUGGUCAGGAUUCUUUCCAUGGAAAGGUGGGGCAGAGUAGUGUGAAAAUGAUCACAUUAUUACAAAGGAAACUGAUUUGGGAAAAGAGUCAGGAUGCUGAGUGAGUGGACAGGAAGAGGUGGGCAUGGAAUAUUACUUAGUCUCUUCCACUCUAUGGGAUGGUAGUACAGCCUGAUGUUUACCCCCACUUGGUUCAGUGGGAUAGUCCCCUGCUCAUUCUCCAUUCUUCCCAAGAUCCUCAGCAGCUGGUCCAUGAGAAGUGAUGCCAAGAGCUUCUCUGGAAACAGUGUAUGUUCUUCUACCCUGCACAUAUCUUGGGGACAGUGGAGCUGGGGAGAGGAGAAAGUAGCAGCCUCACAAGAACAUGGGGCAACUCAGAGAAACAAGGAGAGCUCCAGGAUCCAUAAGAGGAAGCUUCCUCCCCACCCCAGUAAUCAGAUCAUGGAACACCCAGUAUCCUGGUCCCCAGGCCUUUGUUUCAGGGACAAUACUGAGGGACCGGAAGGGAACGGAAACAGUCAGUUGAUAAACAUUAAGCACCUACUGUGUGCCAGCCACUCUGCUAAGUGCUGAGGAUCCAAAGAAAGGCAGAUGUCCCUUAUCUCAAGGAGUUCACACCCUUAUGGGAGAGACACAUGCAAGCAAUUAUGUUCAAACAAGAUAAACUGGAAAUAAUCUACAGAGGCUUCCUGUAGAAGGUGGGAUUUGACUUGAAGGAAGUCAGGAGGCAGAAAUGAGGAGGGAGAAACAGAGGUGUCCAGCCCUGUUAGGCUAUUCAUCAGCCACAUCUCCCAGCUGUCUCACAAUCUGUUUACCCAUCAGCUCUUCUAAUCUAGAGCAAACCCCACAAAAGGCUGGGCACAGAAGAUGCAUUGAGAAAUUAUUACCUCCCAACCAAGUUAGUGGGAAGCAUGAGAGUGGGAAAGGGAAGAGCUAAAUAAAUGGGAGGGGGCCCAGUGGACAGUCCUGGAUCACUCUUUGAGGGGGCCACCCACAUCCAUAUUCCAAUACAGUGGUAAACAAGAAGCAUGCCUCCCCUCCUAAGCCACUCUAUCUCACGUGGCAGAUGAAUGAAGCCUACUCCACAAGGACUGAGUUGCCUUGUGACCUCCAAAAGACAAGUCUGCCAGGAAACGAGGGUCUGUAACCACCACCCCCCACCAAGGCUACAUUGGGGUCUUGUUGCCAGUCUAGUCACUAGGUUCAAGGCACUAGAGAGGUGUUAAACUCCCUUUCCCCAGGCUUACCACCGAGAUAGUACAUUGUGACUAUUUCUACCAUUUCUUUGUUUCCUAGAAUAGUAGGCUUCCACAAAUGUCAUACUUUGUCAUCCCUAUGCUUCUCGGUCUCAGAGUUGGCUAUACUUGAACAAGUACAGCAAAAUCAGGGGGACAGAUGAUGCCUCUGUGCUCCUUGAGUGAAGAAAGACACAUAGGCAGAUAGGGAACAAUAUUCAAUUGAUGUCCUUAUAGGUCCAAGGUUUCCUUCUGCUUUGUACUUCAGAUCUAUCUUGGGCUUCUCCAGAGCCCACUACCAUUGCCACUACCACACCUGGCUUCUAGGGUCACUCUGCUCUCUCUCCCCCCACUACUAUCAAACAGUACAGACAAACACUCUUUUCCCUUAUUCCAGAAGAGACAACAGCCAUAUUUUUAAGGGCUUGGAAACAAAGGGAAAUUAAAAUUAAACUUAUGAAAAUAUAGUAUCGAUCAAUUUAGAGAGUAUAGAAAUCUAAUCCUAAGAAACUUUAGUCUAAUCCCACAGAUGAACUUAAAUGUCACAAUCUAAGGGGUGUACCCUAACUCCAUUUCCUAUUCCUUGCUUCAACUCUAUCUGAGGAAUCUUUGAUUGAGGCUGGCCCCUGUCUAUCUGGCUCCCAAAGAGUCUUCCCUUGGGUGUUCAAGGGUUCAAUGAACCUGCUAAUACCUUUGUUGCCCUUCUCAAAGAGGAUUCUAUGACUACUGGAAUCAAUCGAUCAACAUUUAUUGAGUACUUGCUAUAUGUCUGGCACUGUUUGAGGCAUUAGAGAUACAAAGACAGGGGCAGCUAGGUGGCGCAG